AUGAAUCUGAUUGUGUUUAUUUUAUCUAAUUGUUUGGUUACAUUUAUAAUUAAUAUGAAAGGCAAAUCCAUUAUGUUUUAUGAAAUUGAUUAUUUUUCUCGAAUAGCUAAAUAUUCCUCAAUUAAAUUUUAUGGUGACAGCUAUAUAUUACAACCCAGUUUACUAUUGCAUUUUUUUAACCUUUUGUGCAAUAUAUAUAUUGAUCAUUUUAUAAAUUAUAUUUAAGGUAUUUUAAUAAUCUUUAGAGAGAUACUUUCUAAAAAUAAUUUAGUAAAUAAAUUUAAAAGAUGGUAUUUUUUUUAUGAAUUUUUGAUUAGAGAUAAUAACUUGUGGUACUUUAUAAGCUUCAUUUUCAUGA